CGAUCAACCAAUAGCCUUUUGCAGUAUUCUAAUGCAAAUAACCUACAGUUCAAAUGAAAGUAUGUUAUUAAGACAGGGUGUAUUACCAUUUAAUGCAGCUAACUGUGGACGUCGCAAUAAAAAGAAGAGAGGCCACCAACACAGAUAAGAUUCUGGAUUCACAUAGAAACAGUGAAGCAUUGGUCACAAACAAGGAGUUGCGAGAUAGUCCUGUCUGGAAUAGACCAGUACCUGCUCGGAAACAUGCCUGUCAACGUUUCAACGUUCAAUGAUUACUUGCUCCAGGAAAAAACAUUCAGGAGCGAUCGAGAAACAUACUUCUCAACCUUGUUUCACAUAAGCUGUACCUUUGUGGUUCUAGGAGCUGUGGAGAAUAUCAUUGUUUGCUGUGUUUUGGCCAAAGGUAAAAUUGGCCGAUCGCCCACAAAACUAUCCAACUUUUUUAUCCUUCAUUUGUCCAUCACGGAUCUCGUGUUCAGAGCAAUGACUUUCCUUCAACAGACUAAAGACCGCGAAAACUUGUACUCAUCUAAUACAGUUCACUGCCAACUGGUUAUAUUCUCGCAGUUUACAUGUGCCGCGGUAACUUUUGUGCUUCUCACAGGAAUUGCCAUCGAUCGCUACAUCCACAUUUUAUUUCCUCUCCGAGCCCUGACAAUUAAGACCAGGAAAUAUAUCAUUGUAAUUUUCAUCUGGUUUUAUGCUCUGGUAAUUUGCUCGGGCUUUAUCGGCAGCGCUUCACUCUCUCCUCAUAUCAAACUCCGCAGUCAGCUGUAUCAUCUUUCAAAUUCUUCAUCAAACUUGACCAGCAACGAUACAGCAGUUAGUUCAGAUUCCAAACCGUUCCAUAGACACUGCACUCCUGGGAAACCCGAUUCACUGGAGCGGAAGGUUGCCUUUACGGUGUAUUUUGUGUUCGCAUUUGUGGUACCGCUAAUUGUGAUCACAUUUGCCUACACCAAGAUAACAGUCUUUCUGUGGAAAAGGACAAAGACGAACAACAGCAUAAACAGUAGCUGUGCAAAGGCGAAGCUUAAAGCAACUCAGAUGUUUGUCCUGGUAGUUUUCAGUUUUCUUCUUAGCUGGGGCCCAAUAAUGAUUCUCGAUAUAUUUGCAUCUUACCCAGCUAAAAAGGGCAGGAUAACUUAUCAAAAGCUCCCUAUAAGGCCCUUGUUUGAUUGCAUCUCCCAGACAAGCUCAAUAUUUUACCCGUUUAUUUACGCGUUCUGUGAUAAAAAUUUUAGAAAAAAUCUUCGCCGUUGUCUGUGGCGGAAGAAUUCCGUGAGGGUUUCACGUGUUCCUCCUGUAUUAAUGAAUGGCAGUUUCAUACAAAUGAGUAAUUUGAGCCCAAAAGUUCCUAGAGCUAGUCCAUUAAGCAAACGGACAGCUUGUAAUUUCAUUUAUGAUUUAAAACCUUCAGGAAAACAUUUGAACUAGUAUUGUCUUAGCUGUUACGUGCAGUUUCUGCAAUAGCACGCUGACGUAUUUAGGCGGACGUGAUAAGCGGGAAGGAUUUCGUUUAAAAAUGAAAUGAAUGAAAUCACGUCCAGCAAAGGUCAUGGUAAUCAAAAGCAGGACCCGAGUCAACAUCAUAGUUGCUGUUUACAAACAUUAAAAAACAGACCUUUUGUAUUUCAAAGUUGCCUAGCACAAAAGAAAAAACUCUUUGUUUUAAUGAUUGGCAGCUGCGUGGAUCGAUCCCAAAUAAAAUGCCGUUAUGUAAGCGUCAUUGAUGCAUAUAAAACAUUCAGUAAUAUUUCUUAUUGUCCAACCAGAGAGGGCGAGGUGAAAUGACUGAUUGGUCAGCCCUGUUAUGAUUAGUCAAAAUAUGUUAUGAUUAGUGAAAAUUGAAAAACCUGGUAAAGCUGCAAUAUGUACAUUAGCUGUAAUUUUAUUUACUCUACUGUAUAUAUUUGUUUUAAAAUUUCUCAAUUAAAACUUUCUACUUGUAUGCGAGAAAAUGCAUCAGUUUUAGCUGAAUAAUUAGGAGUCGACUUGUAUAACAAAAUAUCGAGUAAAAGCGGAGAUGAUUACGACAUCAGUAAUAGACAUAAUGUACUCGGUCCACAAACGGACAAUAAGCAGCCAUCUUGAUGAAUAAACUUGAAUGGAGUUGCUAAUCCGGUAAGGUGUGUGCAAUUUCAUUUUACAGAAAUGUUGUGCAACUUCUUGCCCUGCUCUUGCCCUGCUGAAUGUUGACACAUAACGCAGCUCGCAGUUUUUGUGCUAAACGCCGAAUAAUUUUAUAAUGCAAGAGUUAUUACCAACAUUUUAAAUAAAAAGCCCUGUUGCAUAUGACUGCUGGUCGGUUGUCAAGUGAAGUG